CAUCCAGCAGGGGUCAGUAGAGAAACGUUUUUCUCACGAUUCCUACUUCAGAAGGAAGAUCACAGUGACCUUUUCCUGUUUUUCCUCCCGUUAAUGCAUGAUGGCGGCCGCGUUGAGAGGGAGGCUCGUAACAUUGGUCAAGGGUUUGAGUGGUGCCCGGUUUCAGCCGUUAUGUGCUCGCUCUCUGAGUUUGACCUCCAGUCAGAAUGUUUCGGAGACUCCCCCGGCGCGGGCCGACAGCACCUUUAAGGUCACCAUGGUCCCUGGAGAUGGAGUUGGACCUGAGCUGAUGACCGCUGUCAAAGAGGUUUUCAAGGCAGCUGAUGUUCCUGUGGAGUUUGAGGAGUUUCAUUUGAGUGAGGUGCAGAACAUGGCCAGCGAGGAGAAACUGGAAGAGGUGUUGACCUCUAUGAAGAACAACAGAGUCGCCAUCAAGGGAAAGAUUCACACUCCAAUGGAGUACAAGGGUGAACUGGCAUCAUAUGAGAUGAGACUGAGGAGAAAGCUGGACCUGUUUGCCAAUGUGGUUCAUGUGAACAGCCUGCCUGGAUAUAGCACCCGCCACAAUAACCUGGAUCUGGUUAUCAUACGGGAGCAGACAGAGGGAGAAUACAGCUCUCUGGAGCAUGAGAGUGUUUCAGGAGUGGUUGAGUGCCUGAAGAUCAUCACCAGGGAGAAAUCUCGCCGCAUCGCAAAAUUUGCAUUCGACUAUGCCACCAAGAAAGGCCGCAGCAAAGUGACUGCUGUCCACAAAGCAAACAUUAUGAAACUCGCGGAUGGUCUCUUCCUGCAGAGCUGUGCGGAAGUGGCUGAACUUUACCCCAAGAUUAAAUAUGAAAACAUCAUCAUUGAUAACUGCUGCAUGCAGCUGGUCCAGAAUCCUUAUCAGUUUGAUGUGCUAGUGAUGCCAAAUCUCUACGGCAACAUCAUUGAUAACCUGGCAGCAGGGCUGGUGGGCGGAGCCGGUGUAGUUCCAGGCGAGAGUUACAGUGCCGAAUAUGCCGUGUUUGAAACGGGAGCCAGACAUCCCUUCGCUCAGGCUGUCGGCAGGAAUAUCGCAAACCCUACUGCUAUGCUUCUCUCUGCAUCCAACAUGUUGAGACACCUCAAUCUUGAGUAUCAUUCAAACAUGGUGUCUGAGGCUGUCAGGAAAGUCAUCAAGCAGGGCAAGGUGAGGACUCGAGACCUCGGGGGUUACAGCACCACUGGUGACUUUGUCCGUGCGGUUGUGGCCAACCUGCGCCAUCGGACUGUUUGAAGAUGCUUGCCAAUGCCUAUCCCUGAUCACCUCAUACAUGCCACUUUAUUUUAAAGCAGCCCUGUCAUAUUAUAUUUUGUUUCCCAUUUAUUGCUUUCUUUUUCUCUCAUUUUUCUGACUGGUUACUGAUUUUCUGUUUAUUUUUUAUUUUUUUUAAUGCAUCCAUGUACAUUUAUUUUCAUUUCUGUUUGUCACAGUAUGCAUCUUUAACCUGAUUUACACUUCUGUUUAAAAGUUUGGGGUCGGUAAGAUAAAAAAAAAAAGUUUAUUAUACUCACCAAGGCUGUAUUUAUUUGAUCAA